AUGAAGGAUAAGAAGUGGCACGGAAAAAAAUCGUAUUCAUUUCGGAGCAAGAAGGCUCGAAUUCAAACUUCAAGUAUUGUCUCCAAUGAAGACACAUGUUGUACGCUUUUGAACCCCAAUAAACAACUUAAUCGUUACAGCAGCACGAUCUCCUGUGUCUCUUCUUCAUCCAGUUCGAGGUCUUCAUCUGUAAAAAAAGGAGCAAUUCAGGGUGAUUUCUUAUCAUCUCUCAAAUUACAUUCUGAAGAAAAGUUGAAGUCGAUUUCAUUUUACAUUGACAAUAGAGAAGAGAUGGUUCGCCAUAUGUUUGCAUCACUUCAUAAAAGAGAACUUUAUGAGUUGUUGCCGGAAAACUUAAAGAAUUUGGAAAUAGCAGAGCUUCGCUAUUUAUGUGUUAAAGAGCUGAAUGGGAUGUCUAAAAAGAAUAUAUACACUAUUUUGAAGGGGAAAGAUUUUGUCGAAAGUGAAUCUGAAGGAGAGAAAAACGAAGCACUUACUACGAGUACUGAUAUUAAAACACUGAAAACUGAGGUUGCUGUUGCUGAUUCUACAACAGAAAUGACUGCACCGAAUUUACCUGGUGUUUUUCAAACAAUCAGUACAGAUGAUAUCACUGCCUGCAACAGUAUCAUGAGCACUUCAGAAGUCCAUUUUGCUGCAGUUGAAAGCAUUUCUUUAACCAGGACUCGUCAAGAAAGUGAAACUGUUAUUCAGUCCGACUUCUCUUCAGAGUAUAAAAUUUCAUCAAGUCACUAUGCAGAUAUAUUUGCUAGCAAAGACACAUCAAGCCCCAACCAGGUGAAUGCAGUCAUAAUGGCAAAGAAUGAUGACGAAUUGGAAGAAGGAGAAGUUGUGAGUGACCAAGAAAAAAGCACAAAAUCAGACAAAGGUGACACGCUAAAGGGGCAUCAACAUCUCACCAUCCAUAGAGACCCUUUUGCUGGUAAUCUACAUGGUGAUUCAUCCCCGACAUCAAUGUCUAAAAAGUCAGGGAAUUCUGGAAAUUCAGCCGAUACUAAUAAAGCACGAGAAGAGAGAAGGCUUCACAUGCUGGAAUUGGAGCUGAGAGCUCGUGCCAUUGAAGCGCUUAUCAGACGGAGUGACAGUAAGCCAUAA